AUGAGCACAAACAGUGGAGGCAUACAUUUGCAGGAUUUGGAGACGAAGCAGGGACCCGAAGGAAUUACACGAUUCUCGAAAGAGCAAGCCGCGUAUUAUGCUGAAAAGGAGCGGGAAGAGCGUAUUCGAGCAUUAAAAGUUCCCUAUGAGGAUGCACGCGUGCGCGAGCUUUUACGUGGAUUCGGAGAACCGGUAACGUACUUUGCAGAAGAUGCAGGAUCGCGACGAGAACGACUACUGAAUUGGAUGCUUGAACGUUCUUACGAGGGCCAGGAAGAUAUUCUUAUGGCUACCGUUCAAGGAGAUGAGGAAGAUGAAGAUGAGGACCACGAAACGUAUUCGGAAGGCAGCCAAGAAUUGUUGGAGGCACGGCGAAAAAUUGCUCUAUACUCUUUGGAGAAGGCUAAAUUGCGUUUGGAAAAAGAGCGAAAAGAAUUUGAAGUCCCUGUUCCAGAAAAGAUCCUCUCCGCUCGUUCCGCUGCUGAUCAUUUUCGCAAAGUAGAUGCCAUGGGUUCGCAGGUGGGUGGAGAACGACCCAUGUCUAUCAUUCGUUUCUGUCAAGAUGGUAAUAAAUUUGCUACUGGCAGUUGGAGUGGGCAGGUAAAGGUUUGGGACACCAAGGACCUCUCUCAAGUACGGUUGUAUCGAGGCCAUACGGACAAGGUCUCGGGGUUAGACUGGCAUCCUGGUUGUACAGCAUGGGAUGAAACAUCAGAAAAUGUUUGUUUGGCUACAGGAGCAGCGGACAAUUCGGUUUGUUUAUGGAAUGGAAAACAAUCUACGCCAAUUUCACGGUUAGAUGGGCAUUUGGCUCGUGUACUUCGAGUCGCAUUUCAUCCAAGUGGUAAUUAUUUGGCUUCUGGCUCUUUUGAUACAACAUGGCGACUAUGGGAUGUUGCAACAGAGACUGAAUUACUCAUGCAGGAGGGGCAUGCGGAAGGCAUUUUCAGCGUUGCCUGGCAGCCCGAUGGAUCCCUUCUUAGUUCAGGUGGAAUGGACGCCAUAGGACGGGUAUGGGAUGUUCGAUCUGGAAAGUCCGUUAUGGUUUUGGAUGACCACAUUCGUCACAUUGUUUCUAUGGAUUGGGCACCGAAUGGAUACCAACUGGCUACGGCGUCAGCAGAUGAUACUGUAAAAGUAUGGGACCUCCGUAAAGUUUCGCUUUCUCAAAGCAUUCCGGCGCAUUCUUCUCUUGUAUCUGAUGUUCGUUAUGUGCAAUCGGAAAAUGCAGUGCUUUUGCUGUCUAGUGGAUAUGAUGGAUGUGUCAAAAUUUGGAAUCCAACCACAGGAGCUCUGGUAAAGAAUUUAGUCGGCCACGAAGAAAAGGUGAUGAGCGUGGACGGUCAUGGGGACCGAUUGUUAUCGUCUGGUUUUGAUCGAACCAUUAAACUUUGGCAUCCUUGA